UAUAAAUACAGCUCUUUCGUACCAUCUCAAUUCAUAUAAUAAUAAAAAUCGAAAGUUGUCCAUCCAAAACGUAGUAUAUCUCUAGAAAUUUCGAAUUUCAGAUCCACUAUUAUCUGCAAACAAAAUCUGUAUUAAUCUUUCUUUGGCUGUUUUUCUCUCAUCUUUGGCCUCGUGGCUGUAACAAUGGAGGGUCGGAGUCGGAAGAUUGGGGUAAUGCAGUGUUUGUUGCUGCUGUCCAUCGGUUGCUUCGUCUCGCAGCUAUACGCCUCCGAUGAUGUGAUAUUCCAAGAGUCGUUCGAUGAGAAUUUCGAGGGGAGGUGGAUUGUGUCCGGGAAGCAGGAUUACUCAGGUGUCUGGAAGCAUGAGAAGAGUGAGGGACACGACGAUUACGGCCUUCUUGUGAGUGAGAAAGCUAGAAAAUACGCCAUUGUGAAGGAACUUGACCAACCCGUUGACCUCAAGGACGGGACCAUCGUCCUACAAUACGAAGUCCGCCUACAGAAUGGCCUUGAGUGUGGUGGUGCAUACAUCAAGUACCUCCGUCCCCAGGAAGCCGGUUGGAUCCCCAAGGAAUUCGACAAUGAGUCCCCAUACACGAUCAUGUUUGGCCCGGACAAGUGCGGAGCCACGAACAAGGUCCACUUCAUUCUGAAACACCAAAACCCCAAAAGCGGCAAGUUCGUAGAGCACCAUCUCAAGUUCCCGCCUUCCGUGCCCUCAGACAAGCUCACCCAUGUCUAUACGGCCAUCUUAAAGCCAGACAACGAGCUGCGCAUAUUGAUCGACGGUGAGGAGAAAAAGAAAGCCAAUUUCCUCUCAGGUGAAGAUUUCGAGCCUCCGCUCAUUCCCUCUAAGACCAUCCCUGACCCGGAUGACAAGAAACCCGAGGACUGGGAUGAGCGGGCCAAGAUCCCUGAUUCGGAAGCCACCAAGCCCGAUGACUGGGAUGAGGAUGCUCCAAUGGAGAUUGAAGAUGAAGAAGCCGAGAAGCCUGAGGGCUGGCUGGAUGAUGAGCCUGAGGAGGUGGAUGAUCCCGAGGCAGCAAAGCCCGAGGACUGGGAUGAUGAGGAAGAUGGUGAGUGGGAGUCCCCUAAAAUCGAUAACCCAAAGUGUGCUGAUGCUCCUGGGUGUGGGGAGUGGAAGAGGCCCAUGAAGAGGAACCCUGCUUAUAAGGGAAAGUGGCAUGCUCCCCUUAUUGAUAACCCUAACUACAAGGGUAUAUGGAAGCCAAGGGACAUUGACAACCCUGAGUACUUUGAGCUGGAGAGGCCAAACUUUGAACCAAUUGCGGCUAUUGGCAUCGAGAUUUGGACGAUGCAGGAUGGUCUAUUGUUUGAUAAUAUCUUGAUUGCAUCCAGCGAGAAGGCUGCUGAGUCUUUGCGUAAGGAUGCUUGGGAACCCAAGUUUAAGGUGGAGAAGGAGAAGCAGAAGGAAGAAGAGGUGGUGGAUUCUGAUGAGCUUAAGGGUGUUCAGAAAUUGGUAUUUGACUACCUGUACAAGGUUGCAGACCUCCCUUUCUUGGGCGACCACAAAAGCAAAGUCUUGGACCUGCUCGAGAAGGCUGAAAAACAACCAAACCUCACCAUUGGAGUCAUUGUCUCGAUUGUUGUCAUCAUCAUCUCAGUCUUGUUCAAGCUCAUCUUUGGUGGGAAGAAACCUGCUGCUAAGGUGAGUGCAGACACCAAGAAGACAGAUGUUGCUGAGAGCUCAAAGAAUGAGGGAAGCUCAGAGGAGAAGGACGAGCAAAAUGAAAAUGACAAUGCACCGAAGAGAAGAAAUGUAAGGCGUGACAAUUAACCAAGAACAGGAAUUAGUUAAACCGAAAAACUUCAGAAAUGAAGGAAGAAAGUAAAAAGUGCUCGACCCUGCACUUGGCGACUUUUACUCUACUAGAGUUGAAUAUUUUCACUUGGUGACUUUUCUGGAAUUAGGUAUUGUGCUAGAUGAUUGAUUUGAGAUAUUAUUAUCAUGUCUUCCAUACACUUCAAGAGACUUUUUUUUUUGGAAUUGAGGAAGUUUUGUAAUUUGUGAUUUUCUCCAAGAGAUUAUUAAAUUACCUCUUUGUUUCGCACCCGAAGAAAUAUCGUGGUCUUUUCUUCAAUGUUUGUGGAUUUUAUACAGAGUUUUCACUGAAGCUGCAUUUGUUGUUAUUAUGUUAGAUUGGUACGGAUUGGUGUACUCAUAUUUUUCAGAACUAGAACAGGUCGAAUUGAUUGGUGUACGGAUUGGGGUACGGAUUGGUGUACUCAUAUUUUUCAACCAAACA